UGUACUGUACAGUUGCUCAUGAGUCACGCAGCGCAGCCGUUCACAAAGAACAGAUUAAAUGUUUACAAUUAAAUCAGCGUGAGACAAAGGAAGAUUUUACGUUCACAUCGGGAGCGUGUCUUUUUGUCAGACUACAGCCAUGUGAUGGCAUAUAAGUCGACUGUAAUGUAACAAUCUCCACAGACGCUCAUUGACAUGACAUGGACCGAGGAGUGUCUCACUGAUAACAGAUGAACUAAGGAACGAUGUCGGACCAGGGUUAUGGCUUAACUCUCUCAGCUGCACCCCCGUUUCGCAGAGGCAGCACCCCCCUGCCAAUCAAGCACCAGCUAAGGCGAGAAGAGGCCGUGUCCGAGAAUUACGAUUGGACGCCUGGGCUUGACGAGCCUGUGACUCCACAAAUCAGCAUCAGCAAUAUCCAAGAUUCGCCCACCCUAAAACCUCCACAGCAAAAGUACCAUGGACCCCUUCGGAUAGUGCUACUGGGCCAAAACGGAGUGGGGAAAUCCUCUUUGGCACUUUGUCUCGCCGGACUGUCCGACAGAUCACUCUCUCUAGACUCGGAAACCCAGGCAAUUGAUGAGGGUUACCAGCGACGAGUGACCGUGGAUGAUGAGGACAGCACAAUUUUAGUGUUUGACAGUUGGAAACAGGACCUCUCCACCCUGCAAUGCGAGGUGUGCAUCCUGGUGUUCUCAUUGACUGACAGGCAUAGUUUCCACCGUAUUGCCCAACUCCGCCUGCUGAUGAGGGAGUCGCUGCCCCACACCCCCAUCAUCCUAGUGGGCAACAAGAGUGACCUUGUGCGGUCCCGUGAGAUCAGUACGGAGGAGGCUCACUCCAGCGCAAUGAUGUUUGGCUGCUUGUAUCUGGAACUCUCAGUCUCUCUGGACCACCACACUAAUGAUCUACUGGAGGCGGCUGUGAGAGCGGCCCGGGGCCACAGCCUGGGGCCCGGCUGGACAGAGGGGUCCCCAGCAGCUGCCCGAAGAGAGAGCCUAACCAGCAGAGCCAAACGCUUUCUGUCCGGGCUGGUUCCUCGCUCCCACCUCGGCCGAGACCGAGACAGGGAUGGAGGAAGAGACAGAGACCUCAGUAGACACAGAGGAAGUAGAAUGCUCAGGCAGAAAUCACGUUCCUGUCAUGAUCUCAGUGCUCUAAUGUAACAUGGCUGAUUCCCCGUUCACACUGACAGCGAUUUUAUUGUUGGAGAUAGCUGUACUGUUGGUCGCUAGCAGACGUUAUCGCCACUGGAUGCCCUUAUAUAAUGGUGGGCUGCACAACUGGGUAUAGCUUUUGAAAAAGUUUGGGGAUCAGAAAUGUGAUGUAUUGCCAGUAAAAAUGAGAUGUCAUUUUAUUUUGACGAGGAACCUGUUUUCUUGAUGCCAAAAAUUUACAUUCUGGAGGCACAAGUGUUUGUAUAUUAAUUGCAGCAGUGCAUAAUACAUAAUAUUAUUAUUACAAGUAAUAUCAAAAUUACUUGGAAUACAGACAUUUUUGGUUUUCCAUGCAUCAUUUUUGUUUUUUUAUUAUUAUGCCCCUGUGUGAGCAGCAGCAAAUCAUAUAGGGUUAUUCAAUGUCAAAUUUUAGAAACUUACCUGGCUGAAAUUUGUUAUUUUGUUAAUACUUUUUUAUUCUUUUUUUUUUUUUUUGGAUGAAAAGUAAACCUAAAUUAUGAAGAAAGUCAAAAUAUUAAAUGCUAUGAAUUAAUAUUUACUGAGUAAUCCAUUAUGUUGCAGAGAAUAAUUAAUCAUUAUUUUGUAGGGUCAAAAUUACAAUUUGUGCCUAGGAUAUUGGAGCAAAACUAAAGGUCAAAAAUAACCUUAGACAGGUGUCAGAGUUAUUAAUUUAUUUGUACACAGAGACAGGUUGGUCUAUUCCUAAAGCAGUUGACUUCAGCACACCUUGUUGCAUUAUAUGUCAAUUGUGUAUGUUAAAAAAAUGAAGAAGAAAAAAAACUUUUUUGUUGUGUAACAUUGACUGUAGACAUACUGUACAAUGCAACAAGGGGUGCUAGAGUUUAUUUAAUGUGUUUAUUAGACCUGUUUUUUUGUUUGUUUUUUUUUGAAAAUGAAUGAAAAUUUUUCAUUUUUACCCCCCUCUACAAAAUAAUGGAUUACUCAGUAAUAUUGAUCCAUGGCAUUUUAUAUUUUGGCUCUGAUAAUAAUUUAUUUCUUUCAUUAGUAAUAAAAAUAAAAUAAAAAAAUAAAUAAAGAAUUAAAACAAAAGGGGUUUAGUUGACAUAGAAUGACCCUAUAGUAUAGUAAAAUACACUGCCUGGCAAAAAAAAAAAAAAAAAAAAUCACAUACUCUAUUUCAUUGGAUCUUUAGCUUUGAUUACGCCGUGCAUUCAUCAUGGCAUUGUUUCGACAACCUUAUGCAACGUCACAACAUUUAUUUCCAUCCAGAGUUGCAUUAACUUUUGGCUGAGAUCUUGUAUUGAUGACGGGAGAGUCGAACCACUCCGUAAAGUCUUCUCAAGCACAUCCCAAAGACUUUCAAUGGGGUUAAGGUCAGGACUCUGUGGUGGCCAAUUCAUGUGUAAAAUUUCAGCAAUCUCCUUAGUUGUUUUCUUUGCUUGAUGCAGGCCAAUAAUUUGCCCCUUCUGAAACACAGUAACAUCUUUUCCACGACCACGGGAUACGUCUUCCGACAUGGUUGUUUAAGAAAUGAGAAGCUACACUGUAUCAGUUAGGGUUAAAAUAAUUGUUGCCAGCUGAAACAUAUUAAUCACUGCAAUAAUGAUCCAACCAUAGGCUCUUAAGUACAGUAUCUGCUUAUUUAAAUCCAAUUGGUGACUUUUAUUUGGCCAGGUAGUGUAAUUCACAGUCAAAUUAAAUUCUCCCCCGCCUUGCCUAUGUGAGAUGCUACAGCAUCUCACAGGAGACAGAUGAUCUCAUGAGCUCCACUGUCCUCAUUCCCAUUAGUCAUCGUUAUAUUGCAUCGCUGUCCAUUUACAUAAGGUUUUUACACACUUUUAUCAACUUUGGGUCACUGGUCACGCCACAUUGAAUUGUGAAUGGUCACAGUCACACUUGUUGCAGAAAAUCGACAGCUCUCCUUAAAAACGAAUGCCUUGCAGUCGCUUUUUUGCUCCAAAUUGCUGUCAGUGUGAACACCCAAAUGGAGGAGAGAGAAAGAGACUGCUGAGAGCAAGCUGGAAAUAGAGUUUGAAAAAGACAUAUAUGAGGAGGGGGGAGAUGUGGAAGAGGGUAGAGGAGCCAGGGAGAGAUAAAAGAGAAAAACUGCAUGUAUAGAUUGACAGGUGCUGAGAUAAGAGACAGUGUUUCCGCACCACAUCACAGAGGCGAUAAUCCUCCGAUUAUAUUACCUAAACUAGUACGUGUGAAAUUAGUUGUUUAUACCAGUCUCUCAGUCAUCGAAUGUGUCAGUGGUACAGAGAAACCUAGCAUUGUAAAAACUAUCCUGACCAAAACAUGACAUUUAAGGUUGCAAGAGUCCUCCAAACACAGACAAACACACACAAAUAUAGCACUGAAUCUCAGUAUGAGUAGAUCAUGCUGCCUGUGGCAGGCUGUUAGUGUUGAUAGAGUAGCUCCCAUAGUAGUCCCUGUUGAGAAGCAUGCUGACACCGCAAGGAUACAGAACUGUAGUAAAAGUUCUGCAGUAAAAAAAUAAGAUAAAAGGUCCACAGGCACUAAAGAUACUGUAGUUAUUGCAUAAUUUUAUUUUAGCUUUUUUCACCUUGUUCCCAUUAAAAAUCUCUCACUCUCUGUUUAUCACAGAGAAAACAUUAGGAACUAACACAGUUUCCUAACCAGUGUUGUGUGACUUUUAGUCAAUGUCAAUUAUCUUUGAUGCCAUUUAUAUGCUACUGUACUCCUAAGUUGACAAAACAUACAAUUAGGUGAACGUCUUUCUCAGACCAAAAAUAUUGAUAAUUCCAAUUGCAUACAGGUGUGUAUACAAAUUUAUGUCCAAUUAAAUGUUCUCUAGUAGUAGAAGGUCCCUUCUUCUAAUACGAUGGGUUAACAAUUAGCAAUAGCAAGAAGCAAAUCAUGGUUCACGUCUGUGGCAUAAACUAAAGCCUGUUGGCUAUUGAAAAAAAGGGGGCCAAGUGUUUUGAUGUGUUCCACUCAAACUUCCUGUUUCAAUAGAAAAUAUGUCCACUCAGAAAAGAAAUUUGAGCUUGUAACGUGAUUUCAUGAGGUCUUUUAGAAAAUUAUUCUGUCUGUGCUAAUUGGAAAAAUGACAAAAUCACAGUCAAUCAGAACAUAUUUGAUGAUAAACAGACCGCAGCAACUUGAUUUUGGAAGUAUUUUUCUCACAAUUUUUUUCCAUAAGGAUUUCAUAAAGUACUUCAUAUAAGAUUUCUAAGCCAUGAACCAAACUAUCCAGCUCUGAGGUGAAUCACAGCAAACAUUCUACAAACUUUGAUUCGAAGCAAAAAAGAUACAAGAUACUGUUUUUAGAUAAAAAAAAUAAAAUAAAAAAAAAAGCUUGAAGAGGUGGUCACCAUUAACUGCCAUUGUAUGACAUCACCGAGCACAACAUUUUUUUCACAAUUUCUUUGUGUUAAGAAAGUAAUAUUGGGUUAUAACAACACAGGGGUGAUUAAACAAUGGCUGAAUUAAAAUGUUUGGGUGAACUAACCCUUUACUUUGGUACCCGCAUGCUGUCUGACUGACACACAACUGCUUUCAAAUGCUCACACGCUUAUUUGAGUGUGCUUUGUUACUCCUUUUACACUGAAAUGCACAAUUAAUCAAAUUACAAUUGUGGUAUGUCCUAGUGUGAUUAUUAAACUGCGAAAGGCUGCAAUCUUAGUGUGGAUGAGCUGCGUACUUUAUAUGAAUGUAUAAAUCCGACUGCUCAUACACUGGAAACUCCACAGACAUUGAGAAUCAUUGCCGUUGUGAGAUGACAGAGCAGAGCACUAAUCCACUGUGACACGCGUAUUACAUGUAGAAUAUAUUUUAUAUGAUUAAAUCACAGCAUUUGCACUUUAACAAUCACACUGGGCCAUGUAGCAAACAUGACAGAGAAAGGGAAGCUUCUAUCAAAAUAAAAGCUCAUGUCAAAAUAAAAGCAUGAGUCAAAAUAAAAGCUAGGCGCCAGGAAUUGAAGAAAUUGCUACAGAAAUACAGUGUAUUACAGAUGUAUAGUAAAAUGUAAAAUUCACUGUAGUAAUAUUCAUAACAAUAUUAAUAAUAAAUAAUUAUUAAUAAAUAAUAAUAACAAUUAAGCAUUAUAUCACAAGCAAGAGUGCUGUUGUUCUGAAUAAAAGUUUGUUAAAUGCAAUGGUAUGUUGAAAAGUACUUUUUCUAUUUUUUACUUGUUAAAAGUUUUAAAAAGUUUUAAGAACUACUUUGAUUAGACACCAUUUUAAUGAUGAAAUUAAAUUAAACUUUAAAACAUGGAAUUCUGGAAAAAAUUAUAAAGAAAAAAUGUUUUGGGAAAAAAUAAAAACAGAUUUCAAUAUGGCCCUACUUAAAACACUUAAUCAAUACAUACUUAAUUGAGAAACACUUGAAAGAAACAUGCAUUUAAAUUCAUUUAUUAUUUAUAUUGAAAUUUAACUUAAAAUAGUCUAAAGGAGUAUGUUUAAUAGCACUUUACUGUAUUAGCAUAAUUUCACUGUGGUGUCGAAAUUGGUAUCGAGAACAAUGUAAUUUCACUGGUAUACUGAAAUUCUGGAAUCGUGAUAACACUAAUUUAACAUGAUUGUUUUUUUUUUUAAACAAACUUGAAAUAACACUGACUGAUGGCUUCAACAGAAUUGUAUACCAUCAAUUAAUAACCUCGAGCACACAGCAGCUCUGUCUUUACAGAUUUUUGAGUUAUCGUUAAUAUUUAAUUCCCCUAUGGAAAAAGUGAAUACGAUUUUUUUACUUCCAGAACCACACUGUUGCAUUCUAUAUACAGCUAUGUGGAGCAGGAUUUUAAAGCAAUGAGAUUUCACUGUAGGCAGGGCUACUCAGCAUGAAGCAACUAAAAUAGAAACCAAACACCAGACCAAACCAAAGUGAUUUGUUGUCACUUUGGUUGCACCUGGUUAAGACACAGUGUCAAACAGCAGUUGCAGACAUAAUAGUCAGUGUAAGCUGAACUGAUGACAGAUUCUUCUUUCACAUAAAAUUGGUCUUUAUGUAUAAUGUUUAAUGAUACAGAUCAGUUGUAUUUAUUGGCUAAUUUUGUCCAAAAGAUUGAUGUGAUCAACAUGUGUUGACCUCCAGGAGGAGAUCGUUCUUGAUGCAAGCUGUUAUUGCGAAGACAUAUGUCACAGUAGGAAUUUGCCUUCAGACUAAUAGCAAAGAUUUGUGGAACAUAUGGGCCGAAUCAACAGAAAUGUGGAGGUAAAGGUAUUCAAAGCAGUUUUUUUAUUGUUCUUGGAUAAACAGCUGGCUAGUUGCUGUAAUUGCGAAUUGUACCUUCAAGGGCCUUAUUUACAAGAGGAAUUAGCACUUGCUAAAAUAGUUUGCAUGUGCAGUUCCAUAGUGUGAUAAUUAUUGAAGUGAAAGUGGCGUAUGGCUGAUUUGGCGUGCUUCAGAAAACGCAUUCAACAAACAAAAACUCUGUUGGAAUUAAUUGAGAACAAUAUUUGAAGAAAACAGGCAGUAUUUGUGAUUAGGUACAGAUACAUUUCUGCCUGAUUCCUUUUUUUAUUAUCUGAAUUUUGAAAAAGUAAUGGCUUUUAAUCUAGCUUUUACUCACAAUGAGCAAAAUCACAUUACUAAUGGAUUGUUUUAAGUUGUAAUGGGCCAUUUGUUGCUGGUGCUACAGCACUUAUAAUGAUAGAUUGCAAUACAUUGAUGUUAAUAUUAGCAAUAGUAAGAACUACUACAUUUUACCAAUUUAAACUCUUAAUUACGCACACUCGUAAUUAAACUCUACUAAAGAAGUGGACCUGCUAUUUAAUGAGCAUAAAACAAGAAAGACGACAUUAUUAGGCAAUCAGUGCUGGCAGGGAAAGCAGAUUGGUCUGUAGAGAGAGCUUUGAUAGAGUCCCUUGAGUCAGACAGAGGCAACUCUAGAGAUUAACUUAAAUUUUGAGUUGUGCCAAAUUGCCGCUUAGCUCAUUCAACACCUCAGUCUAAUGAAAGCAAGUCAUGUUCACACAACACUGACAAGUGAAUAAAAACCAUCAGACUCUUAAUUUGCUAUAUACGGGUUGAUUGUAAUGUAUAUAGUAUUCGAUUUAGCUGCAUGCAGUAGCUAAAUGCAAGUCUCAGAGAUCUAAAAAUGCGCUUUUAACUUAAUGCCAUAAUGCCCUGGGUUCAUGUUAGAAAUGUACUUUAAAUUACGUUUCACCUCACUUUCCUAAAUUCCUUGUCACCAAAUAAAAGAACAGAUGUUAGGACAAGCAAUACUGAAAACGGCCCACUUUGUCAAGUAGUCUUAAAGCAUGUAAUGUCUUUUCUCAUAUAUAAUGAGGCUGAACUGUGAUUUUACCAAGUUUAAUGUGUAUUAAUGAAUGUCCUUGAUCAACAUCCUUGUUGGUCCCAGAACAACAUUCCUAUCAACCAAUCAAAUUUUAGGGUUACAUUAUUGAACAACAUGCAUACCAAACUAUCAUUUCCCUCUGAUUUUUUAUAUGCCAUAUAGGAUCAAACAUUUCUGUGGGGGCUGGCCACACAGGCUUAUGUAUCAACUAUAAAAACGCAACGUUCUGGAAACGUUCAGAGGUCAAACAUGGCAUCACCAUUCACUUGUUCCUCGGUAUUGAUGAAUGUUCUCCACUCUGUCUUUGAAAAUGAGAGAA